AACCUUCACCAGGAAGUGACUAGUCUUAUUAUUUCUCCUUUACACAUCAUACUGAAAGCUAAAAAGAGUCAGUGUUGUGGAGAUCAGAGGAGGACACUAUAAAUGAGGAUUUUGGAGAAGUGUAUUGAACAGAAUAGGUUUGAUUUUGAUUGUAAUUGUUAUUUACUUUUCAAACAAAUUUUCAGAAAGUGAAAGUAAAUUGUAAGUCGUUGCAGAAGAAGAGGAAAUGGACUCAAAAUCUGUGGAAGAGCUUUCUUGUCCCGUGUGCUGUGAAAUCUUCAAGGAUCCUAUUAUUCUGUCCUGUAGUCACAGUAUUUGUAAAGAGUGUCUUCAACAGUUCUGGAAGACCAAGAAAACUCAGGAGUGUCCCGUCUGCAGAAGAAGAUCCUCAAGAGCAGAUCCUCCACGUAAUCUAGCGUUAAAAAACUUGUGUGAUUCACUGAUAAAGGAGAGAAAUGAGAGGCGUUCAUCAGGAUCUGAGGAGAUCUGCAGUUUACACAGUGAGAAACUCAAACUCUUCUGUCUGGAGGACAAACAGCCGGUGUGUUUAGUGUGCAGAGACUCAGAGAAACAUGUCAAUCACACAUUCAGACCCAUCACAGAAGUGCUUUCACCUCACAAGGAGGAACUGAAUACAGCACUGACAUCUUUACAAAACAAGCUCAAACAUGCAGAAGAAAUGAAAGCAGAGUGUGAUAAAACAGUGCAACACAUCAAGUCUCAAGCUGAGCACACAGAGCGUCAGAUUAAAGAGGAGUUUGAGAAGCUUCAUCAGUUUCUCAGAGAUGAAGAAGAAGCUACAAUCACUGCACUGAGAGAGGAAGAGGAGCAGAAGCAGCAGAUGAUGAAGGAGAAGCUGGAGGAGAUGAACAGACACAUCUCAGCUCUUUCACACACAAUCAAAGACACGGAGGAGAUGAUGAAAGCCAGCGACGUCUGCUUUCUGAAGGACUUUAGCAUCACGAUGGAAAGAGUCCAGAUCUCACAGCCGGAUCCACAGAUGAGUUCUGGAGCUUUGAUUCAUGUCCCACAUUACUUGAGUAACCUGCGGUUCAGAGUCUGGAAGAAGAUGCAGGAGACUCUCAAACACACUCCGUUGACUCUAGAUCCAAACACAGCACAUUGUCGGCUCACACUCUCUGCUGAUCUGACCAGUGUAUCGUACAGCGAUGUAUGUCAAAAUCUUGCUGAUAAUCCAGAGAGGAUUGAUGAGUAUGCAUGUGUUCUGGGAUCUGAGGGCUUUAACUCAGGAGCACACUGCUGGGAUGUGGAGGUUGGAGACAAUACAUGCUGGACUCUUGGAAUAACCACAGCAUCAAACCAAAGGAAGGGAGAUGUUUUCUUUAACACUAAUGUCUGGCGUGUGCAGUACAUGAACAGUGAAUACAGCUCACAAUCCCCAAAGCAACCCUCGACUCUCUUCACAGUUAAAGAGAAGCUGCAGCGUGUGAGAGUUCAGCUGGACUGUGACGGAGGAAAGGUGUCCUUCUCUGAUCCUGUAACUAACAUCUGUCUGUGUUCAUUCACAACAACCUUCACUGAGACUGUCUUUCCUUUCCUUUUCUUAUAUAAUCGCUGCACAGCUUCCCCUCUCAGGAUCUUACCAGUUAAACUGAUUGUAUCAACAGAAAAUCACAGUUAAAUCUCAUUCUGCUUUUAGAUCAGUUAAGGUACAAAAAUUGGUUGUUUUCAUUGUUUUGCAUUUUAUGGUUCAAUAACACUGUAAUCAAAGGAAAAGGGUCUCAUUCAUAAAUAAAAAAUCUACUCAAACCGUUGUUCAAGCUACUCUAAAACAUUUUUCACAUUUAUUAUGGAUUUCUUAUUGUUUUUAUCGAAAAAUAAAAAAUGUAGAGCAGGGGCCCGUUCUUUGUAUGUCUCUUAUUAUAUCUGAGAUCAUUUGAAAGAUUACAGAUCUACUAAUCCUGAUAACUGAUCUCUGGCUAAUUUGGUUCUUCAAACGAAUUUGCGUAUUAGAUUAAAAUAUCUGGAUUAAGUUAUCUAAGAUUACUGCGCGUUCUUGUGUUUCCCGAAAAGGGCAGAUGUAUCUAUCCUCGAAACCACGAUCAGCAACGCAGCGAUUGGCUGGCGGCAAGACAGCAACGUAAUGACAUCAUAUCAUUAAAAAAGACACCUGACGAAAAAGUUGACAAAUUUCAAUACCUUUAUAAAGAAACAGCCAAACGAACAAAACUACAUAAAUGUAAUAGGCUAAGAGAUAGCCUAAAUUAAAUGUGCACUAUUUCUAAUUUAUUUGUAAUUCAUGAUUCAUACAUGAUUCCCAAUUGUUUAUAUUCAUGAUUUCUAGUAUUUGUACAGGCUUUAUAUUUUUGUUUCAAUGUUGUAAUUAGCCAUUCAUUUAAUUUUAUCUUUGAAGCAGAUUUAUGACACUUAUGUGACAGCAUUAAAGUUUAGAGAUCAAGUUAUCUGCAUCUCCUGCUCCAUCAAGCCACUCCCAUAAUAUCUGUCAUCACUCAGAUUAAUGCACGACUCAGAGUUACUGUAUAGCAUGUGUGUAAGACUCCAAUACAAUUAUAAAGUAAUUAUUUCAUCACUGAUAAAUCUUUUAAUGAGUUAAACUGGCUGUGUCUAUAGUAUUAUAGACUACACAACAUUGUUAUAUUAUUUUCAAAUUAAUUUUUAAAUUAUCAUUAUUUUAAAUGUUGUCCCCGGAUCAGUAGGAUACUCUUGUAAUAAAGUAGGGUGGCUGGGACAUAUUUUAAAUAUCAAUUCUGCUUAAAAAGAUGCAAUCUAAUCCUGUUUACAUUAAAUAAACCAGGUUUAAGUUUAUGGACCUGUUGCUAUGACAGCAAGACUAGGAUGAGCUUCGAAGAACCAAAUGAUCCGAGAUCAAGCGAAAUCGGCAACAAUCAAAUCCAGUUAACUGAGUUAGCGACGUACGAAGAACGGGCCCCAGGACUUGGUUCUAUUCAUCCGUUGUUGACUGGAUUUUGAUUGAUUUUUGGAUUUGAUUGGUUUUGAUUGGUGUUGCAUUCAAAUAUGAAUGUGAUCUUGCAGUUGAUGGUGGAGGGAUGGGGUUUAAUUACUGCUAAAGUCCUGCGUACAUCACCACUGUUAUUAAUUUGUUUUUGUUUUUUGUUUUUAAUAAAUGAAACACACAUGGAUUCAUGUCAACUAUAAGCAAAAUACAUCACUUGACUGCUUG